AUGUCUUUGUCAAGAGAGGAUGUCACUUCGUCCAUCUCCGACAAAGCGGCCGACAGCACGUCAGAUCGGAUCGCAUCGGCGGUCGCUUCCGACCAUGUUGAUAAGCCGUCAGUAGGAGACGAAGCAGCAACUGACGAGAGAGCAAGCUCAGCAGCAUCAGCACAGUCGAAAUCAGAAGCAGCUCUCGCCGAUGAGGUGGACAAGCUCGACCUCGGCCCUACCGAAACUGAGGGCGGAAAGACCGACAUCACCAGCUCGGACACGGUCACAGAACCGGUGACAAAGCCAAAAGCGGAAACGACCGGCGAGCACGAAGACAGGGACGCGGAGGAGGCUGAAGCUGGAAAGGUGGAGACCAGCACAGAUGUGACAGCUCAGCAAGACGACGCUGAGAAAGCGAUCGGGACCACCGACGAGACUGAGCCACCAAAACUGGGCUCGACAUCGGAAGCUCCGACAUCUGCCUUGCUGGGCGAUGCAAAGCAAGAGGAGAGCACAGCAUUGACACAAGCACACCACGCCACAAUAGCAAGCCACGAUCAGGUCACGGAUCAGCCGACGAAUGUUGCACCCCAGUCCAGCGAGCAGCCCACACCGCUCAAGUCUCCGCCCCAGCCGGAAGAGAGCGCCUCGUCACCACCACCGAUCCUGCCCAGCAAAGACGAUCCGCCACGAACGCCUGACAAAGCGCCAGAAACUCGACCUGCACUGUUCGCGCGGAACAUUGCUUCGCCUGACAGACCGUCGACGCCAGCUUCGCAAUCGCAGACGCGACGGAGUCGAGAAGUGCUUGCCGGCCCGCAGGACGUAGCAGCCGUUGCGCACGCCUUUGGUCGAGACUCGCCAGCGCUGCGCACCUCCUCCGACACACCUCAGCGAGUCUCGACUCCAUCCAAGAAUCCAGAUACUGCUGUGACGAAGGGCGAGGUCGGAAGCAGCUCUGACGAUGUCGAGAAGCAAGCCAUAAGGGACGAGGCAAAGACGCAAGACGCGGCAGGAUCGUCGACGGAGACCAGAGACAACGCUGCAGCCAUCAACGAGAAGGGCGCAGUUGACGAGCAAAGCAAAGCGACGCCCCGCGGUGGCAUUAGCAUCGGCAAUGGUCCCCCGCCCACCACACAGGCGAGCGAAGAGCGUCCCUUCGAUUUCAACCGCUUCCUUGAGCAGAUGAAGCACAGAAGCGCCCAGCCCGUUGGCGAGUAUGUCCGCAGCUUCAUCAAGGGCUUCUCCAAAAAGCCCUACCGAACUCAGGACCAGGUCAAACUCAUCUUUGACUUUCUCGACUUCAUCGCCGCACGCAUGCAGGAAUGCGACAUCUGGAAGAACCUCGGCGACACCGACUUCGAGAACGCCAAGGAGGCCAUGGAGAAGCUUGUCAUGAACCGUCUCUACCCGUAUACGUUCACGCCUGCUGUGCAAAAGGAAGGACGAUGGGCGGUUCAGACGGACGAUCUGGAACGCGACAGGGUCUUGAGGCAGCGCAUCGGCCUCUUUGGCUGGUUGAGCGAAGAGCACCUCGACGUACCGGUGGGAGACCAUUCCCGUGGCUUCAUCGAAUUUUCUAUCCAGGAACUCCUCAAGAUCAACCACUAUAAGGCACCUCGCGACAAGCUCAUCUGCAUUCUCAAUGCCUGCAAAGUCAUCUUUGGCAUGAUCCGACACCUGUCCACGCAGGAGAGCGCCGACAACUUCAUUCCUGUGCUCAUCUUUGUCGUGCUCAAAGCCAACCCGGAACAUCUCAUCUCGAACGUCGAGUACAUCAGCCGCUUCCGCAACCCUGAUCGUCUCUCGAGCGAGUCGGGCUACUACCUGUCGAGUCUGCAGGGUGCCAUCGCCUUCAUCGAGACCAUGGACUACACCUCGCUCAGCAGCAUCACGCAGGAAGAGUUCGAGAAGAAGGUGGAGGAAGCUAUGGCUUCGCUGCCCGAACCUGAGCCAUCAGCCGCCGCCGCGGCAGCAUCAGGAUCGGCAGCAUCGGAAGCAAGCUUUCUUGCGCGACCCACUACACCACCGCCCAAGGAAGCACAACCAUCCUUCGGCUACCCUAAAUAUCAACGCAGUGUCAGUGGUGCAAGCGUUUCGGCGCCAUCUGGGCCGGGUGAGGAGGCUGCUAAGCCACUUCCCUUUACACCCGUCGCCGCUUCGCUUGCCGAUGAUACGCGUGCCUUCUUCCUUCGGACAGGCGAGGCUGCACGAACCGGUCUCAGCCGUCCCAUGGGUGCGCUCGGCAGGCUGAUCAAUGAAGGCAUUGAAGGCAUCCGUACGCCGAGCAACAAUGACAGUGGCGCAUCCACCGAGAGACAGAAUUCGCCGGCACCGCCCGCCUCACCUGGAUCCAGUACCAUCACAGCAUCGACGUCCAGGCCGAAGCUGUUCGGCGGUCUCUUUGGCUCGCUCGACGCCCCCAAGAAUGCGACUCAAGGAAGAGCUGCGGGGUACCCUGGGCAGCAAGGCGGACGCAGAUCGAUGCCUUUCCUCGGCGAUGAUCCCCAGACACCGCCGACAGAUGAUCGAAUGCAAGACGGCUUUCACCCCUACGCGAGUGGUCCUGCAGGAGGAGCGCCGGACGUACCUUCUCGCCUCUCACGACCCAAACCGCGGCCGACAGACUACUCCAUCGACGAUGUCGCGUACGACGACGAGGCGGCAGGCAGACGCCAUCUGAUGGCAACUUCUAGGGGCAGCGACCAAAGCCAGCGCGACGCAGACUACUACAACGACGAAGCCGACGACGACGAUGAUGACGACGUUGAUCGUUCGCGAAUGUUUUCCAACUCAGCAACAGCAGAACAGCACCGCCAGCGCCGUCAGAUGCAGCAGGACAUUGGCCAUGGCUUCGACGACAACUUUGCAGGCACGCCGUCGCGUCGAGCGGGAGACGAACAGGGCCGACUGCAAGCCGGUCGCCGCGAAGAGAUCGCCUACGAGCACGCCCAGACCGAGCAAGCGAUUCACCGCUCCCUGAUGGACCAAGAGGCUCAGAAUGCGGUGCAGGUGGAUGAAGCAGCACAGAACUCGGCGAGUGUCGAGACGCUCAAGUCGAUCUUCCCGACAGUGGAUGACAGCGUGAUCCAGAUGGUGCUGCAGGGAUGCGAAGGCAAUGUCGAGACUGCCAUCGAUCGAUUGUUGGAGAUGCACUAG